CACAUGACCCAUCCUCCUUCGCCUCCUCGCGUGUCUGCCAGUCCUCGUCGCCAUCGUCGAGCGAGAGAGAGAGAGAGAGAGAGGCGGACAAGGCGAAGCGCAGCGAUGGGGUUCAUCUCGUUCGUCGGGCGGGUGCUCUUCGCCUCCCUCUUCCUCCUCUCCGCCUACCAAGAGUUCAUUGAAUUUGGAGCUGAUGGUGGACCAGCAGCAAAGACCUUGAAGCCAAAAUUCAAUCUCUUUGUCAAGCAAGUGUCCAAGCAUACUGGAUUGGUGGUGCCGCAUAUUGAUAUGAAAACUGUCAUUGCCGCUACCAUGUUUCUUAAAGGCUUUGGUGGUCUUCUGUUUAUCUUCAGCAGUUCAUUUGGAGCAUUCCUACUGCUUAUUUACUUGGUGUUUAUAACCCCUAUCAUGUACGACUUCUACAACUAUGAAAUGGAGACAACACAAUUCGCCCAGCUUUUCUUCAAGUUCUUACAGAACUUGGCACUUUUCGGUGCACUGCUUUUCUUCUUGGGAAUGAAGAACUCUAUUCCAAGAAGGCGCUCCAAGGGAAGGACAACAAAGACCAAGACAAACUGAAGUCAGCAAUUGUAGGAGGGAAAAAAAUAUGUCAAGCUCCUUUUGUUUGCAUACUAUACAACACUAGAUGUCCCACUUUGCUCUUGACGUGCCCUUAGAAUUGUGAAUUGGGGACUUACAGAACUUAGUAUGUAGGAAAUUUAAGUUAUCUUGCACAAUUCUAUUUUCAAUAUACCUGCGUUGUGGUUUUUAGGUCA